UACAAAAUGGCUACCACUUGUCAUAGUUCUUAUUCUUUGUUAUAAUUUCCAAAGUUGUUUACCUUGUUGAAAUUUUCUCAAAAAUAAAUCUUUUGUCGCCUAUUAUUGAGUGUGUUUGAUUAUAGAUACUGGCCAGAAAUUUCUACAAUAACAGUGGCUUAUUCGUCAUUUUAUAUUGUUUUGAAAUACGAUUUUGACAGCUGAUAGAACUUCACAACAAUCAAUUCUUUGAAUUUGAAGUGAACUACUUGAAAUUCUCCGCCCACAAUGUAGCAUCGGGUGUCACUACAGAGAGAUUUUCAUUGCAAUCUCAAUUGUGAGAUUGCUCGAUUCCGUUGUGACGUUUAGUCGACAUCUGUGAGAAUGGUUCAGAUGAGCAGGUGCUACGGGUAUGACCUGUGGCUGGGCAGUGUGCCGGAAACGGUGGAGCUCAGUUGUCUCAUGCCAAAUGGGGUCAUCAUCCCCUUGGAAGCCAACCGCAAUGCCACACUCCACGAAAUCAAAGAGGAUUUAUUCGAUGAGGCCUCGAAAUACCCUCUGCAUGGGACUCUGCAUGAUGCCUCGUCCUAUGUGUUCUCCUGUAUCAAUAGCAUGGCUGAGACAGAAGAACUGUUAGACGAAAACAGGAGGUUAUCAGAUGUGAAGCCUUUUGUGGCCGUGCUACGGCUGGUCGAAAGAAAAGGAGAUAAAGCAGAGAGAGUUCUCAACGUGCAGAUUAGCCACCUCAUCGGGAAAGGUCUCCAUGAGUUCGACUCGCUCAAGAACUCGGAAGUGAACUAUUUUCGAGGCAAAAUGAAGAGUUUGGCGGACGAGAUGGCAAGAGGGAGACAGAACAAAAGUUGGCUACAGAGACUGUACUACCAGUUCCCACCGCGUAUCACUGACUCAUCCAAACCAAUGCCCAAGGCUAUAUUCUCGAGGUUGAAGGAGGGCCAUUUUGUCAUGAAUGUCAAGUUCGAGAACUCUGAGACGAAAUUCACGUUCAACGUCGACCACAGCUUCACACCGACCGAUCUACUCAUGUUGAUACUGAACAAGCGGUCCAUGAUGACCAUGAACCAGAAGAACGAGAGCGUGAGGGACUUUGUGCUGAAGGCCUGUGGCAGGGAGGAGUACCUGGUGGGGGACUAUCCCAUCAUUUCGUUUGUCUACAUACAGGAGGCUCUCCAGGACUCUACACCGGUUGUGGUAGCAGUUUCCGUCCACAGUGUACCAGUUCACCCCGAGAACGUAUACGAGAACCCAGACACUAUAGAUGAAUUGAAUCGAACCAGGAGUUCGUUCUCGACGCUGACCCUGAGGAAGAAAGGCAAAUACAUUUCGGCGUGGGGCAUUGAAGAGAAAUUCCAGUUCAGAGUGACGGCUAUAUGCAAACUCAACUGUGAUCCUAAUAGAUCUGUCGAGGUGGGAGUAUACGCAGGCCUGUUUCACGGAGGCAAAUCGCUGUGUGAGAGCCAGAAGACAUGCGAGCGACUGGUGACCAAGGAGGGAGAGUGCCUGUGGGAGGAAGACCUCACCUUUGACAUCAAGAUCUGCGACAUCCCCAGGAUGGCGAGGCUCUGUCUGGUGGUGUUCGAACUCUCCAAGAAUGCCAAAGCUGUCAGGGCUAAGAGGCUCAAAGACUCUAAACAGGAUCUGUUCGUGAACCCUAUGGGUUGGGUGAACACGACGGUUUACGAUUUCAAGAACCAGCUGAAGAGUGGAGCGAUGACGCUGUAUAUGUGGACAUACGCUGAGGACACACAGAGUGACGACCUGCUGCAUCCUCUGGGAACAGUGGUGUCCAACCCCAACAUUGAACACUCUACCGCUCUCACCAUUUCGUUUCCCAAGUACCACCCAGAGCACACCAUAAUCUACCCAUCUAUGGAGAAGAUGCUGGACCAUGCGAGCAGUGUGAAGUCGGCAGCAAUGGUGGAUGAAGAGGGGGCCACAGCCAGGGCGCGCACUAGCAGUGACACCACUGAGGUCACCGGUGCUUCCUACCUGGAACAGAUUAGGUUAGCGGCAGAGAGAGACCCCCUGCAGGAGAUGCACGAGCAAGAGAGAAAGAUGAUCUGGAGUCAGCGAUAUGAAGUGUUAGCUCUUGAACCGAGUCUGCUGCCAAAGCUGUUGGACUGUGUGGAGUGGAACGAUCACAACGAGGUUGCGGAGGUGAUGUCACUACUGAUUAAUUGGCCGCAGCUAUCGGUGGAAAAAGCACUGGAGCUUUUAGACUAUGCCUAUGCUGAUCAGGCGGUGCGGUCGUUCGCUGUCAGAUGUCUCUUCAAUAUUAGUGAUGAAGAGCUGUCUCUGUUCCUACUGCAGUUGGUGCAGGCUUUGAAGCACGAGUCGUAUUUGGGCUGUGAUCUGGUUGAGUUCCUAUUGAAACGAGCUUUGAAUAAUCAGAAGAUCGGACAUUUUCUGUUCUGGCAUUUGAGAUCGGAAAUGCACGUAGCCUCAGUGUCGGUUAGAUUCGGUCUGAUUCUGGAGGCUUAUUGUCGAGGAAGCCAAGAACACAUGAGGUCUCUCACCAAACAGACCGAUCUUCUGGAGAAGAUGCGGAUGCUGUCGGAUAACAUCCGGGUGAAGAAGGAUAGCAAGGACAAGGCAAAGCAGUACCUCAAGGAGACGUUGGCUGAACCUCCGUUUUCGGAAAUUACCUCCUUGGUGUCUAGUCCCCUGGAUCCUAGUCAUAAGUUGAAGCGGAUCAAGUUGGAGAAAUGCAGAGUGAUGGACUCGAAGAUGCGACCUCUGUGGCUGGUCUUCGAGAAUGAUGAUCCUCACGGUGACGACAUCUACAUCAUCUUCAAAAAUGGCGACGAUUUGAGACAGGAUAUGCUGACAUUGCAGAUGAUCCGAAUCAUGGAUACCCUGUGGAAGAAUGCCGGCCUUGAUCUGAGGAUGAACCCUUACGGCUGCAUAUCGACGGAUAAUCGUGUCGGGUUGAUUGACGUUGUUCUACAGGCUGAAACCAUUGCCAAUCAGAAAGAAAAGGGAAUGUUCUCGGCCACAUCUGCUUUCAGGAAAGGGUCUCUAUUAGCCUGGCUGAAGGAUCAUAAUCAGACAGAAAGCAGUCUCAACAAAGCCAUAGAGGAGUUCACAUUCUCUUGCGCUGGUUACUGCGUGGCCACCUAUGUGCUGGGAGUGGCAGACAGACACUCUGACAACAUCAUGGUCAAACGCACCGGUCAGUUGUUCCACAUAGACUUUGGCCACAUCCUGGGCCAUUUCAAGGAGAAGUUUGGCUUCAGACGUGAGCGCGUGCCGUUUGUGCUGACUCAUGACUUUGUACACGUCAUCAACAGAGGCCAGCAGGCCAAGAAGGAGGCCCUUGAAUUCAAGUCAUUCCAGUCGCUCUGUGAAAGGGUCAGUAGCGGCAUCAUUACAUUUUUGAACGAGCGUCAGCGAGUUCUCACUUUUUACUAAUUGAAGGCCAAAGUUG